CUCACUAGCAGUUAUAAAAAUGUGGCGGACAGCAAAACUUCUGGUUGCUUUGGCUGUGACUUUAUUUGCUUUGACGUCUACAGCUGCUUACGAUACAACAGCUUCCACAAACGGAAAUAUUUCUACAAAUGACAGUGCGACUUCACCCACGCCAACGUCUGGCAGCGUUCCAUUAGUGUCCCCUGGGCUAAAUGCCAUCCUAGGUAUGACUUUUUUGCAGUCUGGAGGAACAAAUGCAUCAUCCACAGGAGUUGCCAGAAGUCCAGAAAUCAAAGUAGAUUCGCAACCCGUCACUCCUGAGAAUUUGAACACACCUGUAGUAGCUAUGCCAGGAAGGCACAGAAAUUUUAGACAAUUUCCAGAAAACGGUGACGUGCCUCAAAAAUCAGACCCAUAUCCCCCAAUGGUAGUUGUUGAGCAGUCUUUGCCACCCAUAAAGCCGCUGGUUAUGCCUCCAACACCAGAGGUUUUGCCUUCACCAUUACCUUUAACAGGAGCCAAACUCGGAGAGCUACCAGACAACGUUGACCAGCUCAAAGAGAUGGUCCGGAAAAGGGAUGAUGCCAAUACCUUUUUGAAUUCAAGAAUUGCUGAAGUGGAAAACAAGUGCAACAAUCCUGGACCUAUAGGAAUCAUGCCAUCUAUUAUGCCUAUGUGCAAAUGUCCUCCGGCAAACGAUGAAUCAAUUGGUUGCGCACAAGUUUUGAAAAUGAAGGAUGAUGAGAUGGAAAAUUUGAGGGAACGUGUCAGAGUUUUAGAAUCAAGGGAGUGUGGUAACACAAAGCAAAAAAAGAAUAAGUUGGAAAUAAUUGUGCAGCAAAAGAAAAGCAAUAACAAAAAAUCAAAAAAGUCUUCAGAGAAGGUUGUGGCCACCACAGAUAUUCCUACCAAAAACAACGAUAAGUUCACCGCCUGCUCAAUUGAACUGGACCAAGAAAAGUCAGUUACGCAAGCGUUGCAACAAGGCAUCAUGGAAAGGGACGUCACACUUACAAGUCUGCAAGAAAUGUUAAAGAAUGCUGAGCAGAGGGUCUCCAUUAUACAAAAUGCUGAAGUAAGUGCAUGCGAAAUUAAGAUGGCAAACAUCAAGGCAGAUUUAGCAAACUGCAAGGAUGAAAAGAACCAAAUGUCAGCAGCCAGUUUUGGAAGAGUAAGCAGACCCUUAAUGAUGAAAUACGUCGAUGAAGACGAUGAAUUAGACGAUGAUGAUGAUGACGAUUGUGAUGAUUGCUUAGAAGAAGAUGAUAAAAGGGAUAUCAUGAAAAUGGUGGCCAAACUUAUGACCGGAACUGUUGUUAGCGUUCAAAGAUUACCGCUGAAAAUGAAGAAACGCGUAGAAAACAAAAUACCUAUUGUCACUUUUGGAGAAAAAGAGUACUACUUUUUCAAUGGGUGGAGAUUUAACUGGAAUCAAGCAAACAAAGAAUGUGAAAAACGCAACAUGCGUUUAGUGAGUAUUGAUAGUGAAGAUGAAAACGCAAUGCUCUUCAAGGAAAUAAACAAUACCAAAGUUCCGUACUGGACUGGCGGACGGGAAACAAGCGGAAAAGGCGAUUUCCAAUGGGCUCCUCUUAAAUGGAGCUUUGGCUUCACCAACUGGGGCGACGGUCAGCCUUCAUAUGACGGUCGCUUGAAAUCGUGCGUCCAGUUGGCAUCGACAAGCAGCGGUGCCCCUUGGAAUGUUGACAAUUGCAAUAAACAAAUGAAUUUCAUUUGUGAGAAACAGAUCCAGCCAACCCAAUCGUCUUACAAUUAAUUCAACCUCGAUCUGUCGGAGAACACAAUUUGGACUCGAUUAUUAAACUUUCAAACUUAUUUUAAUUUUUAUUUUAUUUUAAAUAUUUCCUUCAUGAUUCAUGA